CUGUUUGAUAAAGUAUACCAUUGUAGCUAAUAAUAUAGGGUACCAUCUUAGAUAAGCUGUUGAUGUUUAUUGUAAGAUCCCGACUUUCUAGUCCACGUACUUUUAUACGUGCUGCUACUUACACUACAGCUUCCCCUAAAUUCAGCUUUACUGAAGAUGCGGUAGAUCCUAUCGAACGUAAAGGUUCAGUUCACCCUACUACACCAGCAAGAACUAGAUUUGCACCUUCACCUACUGGGUACCUCCAUCUCGGCUCUCUUAGAACAGCGUUGUAUAAUUACCUUUUAGCAAAGAAUACAAAUGGAACAUUUAUCUUACGAUUAGAAGAUACAGAUCAGAAACGUUUAAUAGUUGAUGCGGAACAAAAUAUUUAUGAUAGUUUAAAAUGGUGUGGUCUUAAGAUUGAUGAAGGUCCUAUGGAAGGUGGACCAUAUGGUCCUUAUAGGCAAUCUGAUAGAAGAGAAAUCUACCAAAAAUAUGCUCAGAUUCUUCUUGAUUCAGGACAUGCAUAUAAAUGUUAUUGCUCUAAAGAUAGGCUAGCAUCUUUAAGGGAGUCUGCCAUGAAACUUAAACCACCAACUACGGUCACAUACGAUAGAUAUUGUGCCAAUGGAGCUCACGACCAUGAAGUAGAUGCAGUUCCAACCAUUAGAUUCAAAUCGCCUGAUGUAUAUGAACCGAUUGAAGAUCUUACUCAUGGUGUUUUGAAUUUACAACCUCAAUAUAAUACAUCGGAUAGAAGAUUUGAUGAUUUUGUCAUUAUGAAAGCUGAUGGGCUCCCAACUUAUCACUUUGCUAAUAUUGUUGAUGAUCAUUUGAUGAAGAUCACUCAUGUUAUAAGAGGAGAGGAAUGGCUUCUGUCGACUCCAAAGCAUGUUGCCUUAUACAAGGCAUUUGGUUGGGUACCACCAAAGUUUGUCCACAUCCCAUUAUUAACUUCUCUUUCUGAUAAGAAACUUUCGAAAAGAUCAGGUGAUAUCGGCAUAUGGAGUCUUAAGAAUAAAGGAAUUCUUCCAGAAGCACUCACAAAUUUUUGUGCUUUAUUUGGGUGGUCCCCAGCUAGAACUCCAGGUGUAAGUGCUACCGAAGUCAUGAAAUUAGAAGAAUUGGUACAAAAAUUCUCUUUAGAUAACCUCACCAAGGGAAAUGCUAAAGUUGAUGAUGCAAAGUUACAUUUCUUCAAUAAAAGUCAUCUUCAAUUAAGAUUACAAGAUGAAAGAUCAUUUCAAGAGAUUGUCGACUUAAAUUUGUCUCAAUACCAGAAAUUAUAUCCAAAUCUUACUGAAGAAUAUUUUAAGAAUGUUUUAUCUUCUGUUGGACCAAGCAUUUCCAGCAUUAAUGAACUUGAUCAACAUAAAUAUCUUUUUGAAGAAAUUGAUUAUCUGUCAAUUGAUACGAAGAAAUUACCAGCGGAAGCAAAGGAGGUUUUGCAAGCAUUUACUGAACUCGAUGAUUCAAUUACAUUUGAAGAUGGAGUUAAGGAAGUCAUUACUGAAGUUCCAGGACUUAAAAAGAAGGACAUAUUUAAAACAUUAAGAUAUGCGUAUGCUGGAGGAGCAUCCGGUUUAACAAUUCCAUUACUUGUUGAAUUGCUUGGUAAGGAAAAGGCUACUUUAAGAUUGCAAAAGGCAUUAAAAAGCUUGUAAAUAAAAUUAAUUAUUCUAUGUAUAUACCACCUGUUAUAACUAUGGACAGUUUAGCUGUUUGCUCA